GUUAAACAUUGCCAACAACAACAACAGUAACAAGAGUCAUCAAACAUGAAAUGAAAGCAUUCACUCAGCAUUUCCAGUUUCUUUAAUUGUUGGUUAAAAACUAGUAAAAAUUAGAGAAGAUUGUAUAAUGGGAUAAUAAAAAACUGUUAGAGAAAUGAUUAUGCUACUGUUCAUUUAGUUAAAAAAAAACAUUGGUACAGAAAAGAAACAGACAGAAUGUGUGUUCAAGUGAAAAAGAAGUACACCUACUUAAGUAUGUGUUCAUGCUGUAAUGUAGUUUCUAAAUACUCUUCAGUAGUAAAGAAACAUUUACAAAGACAACAUAAGGGAGUGUCUUUGAAAGAGUCCGAGUCUUUUGUGAUUCCCAUCAGACUUGAGAACCGUUUUGAGAAAAAGAUUAGACGAACACUUGAUAGAGAUAGUUCUCUACAAAGUUUAAAAAGAAAGCAGAAAAAUCUCUCUUUGGAAAACAGGAAAAAUCCUCUUUCUCUGAAGGACAAGUCAGCAGUUGUUGAGGCAGAAAGGAAAAAAGAAAGGAAAAAUAGCAGUUGUGUCAUAAAGGCCGUAAAAUGUUCUGUCUGUAAUGAUGAAUUCAGUGACCAUUUUAGAUAUCUAAACCAUUUAGUCUCUUCACAUAGCAACCUGAAUGUAAAAGUACGCUUCAUAUGCCCAUUUUGUGAUUGUGCCUUCCAAUGUCUUAAGGAUAUACAAAAGCACUUUGAAAAGGACCACAUUGAAACAAGUUCACCAUUAUCUUACUUGGAGUGCAUUGAUAUAGAUGUAACCUCAGCUUUUUCUCCAGUCUGCCGGCAGUGUCCUUAUUGUAAUUUACAGUCUGAAGAGCAUCAGCAACUUCAUGAUCAUGUAAGAGAAACACAUUCUGAUCAUAUUGAGAUGAUCACUAUUAAUGCGGAAAAUGUUGAGAAGCAGGAAGACACUAUUCUGCCUGUAUACAAUUGCCGAUCUUGUCAAAAAUCUUUUCAUACCGUACAAGACCUCGGGGAGCAUGUUCAUGCAAAACAUGCAAAAAAUAUAGCAAAUAGUAAACCUGCAAGGAAACGAAAACCACCAAAAUGGCUAGAAAAUGACACUGAAACUAUGACUGUUAAAAAAACAAAGACCACAAGUUCAAGUAGAAAUGCUGAAAAGAUGGUGGUAGAUGAAGAAAAAAUGACAAAUGACACACUAACAGGAAAGAAAAAUUCAUAUGAUUAUUGUGGUUAUAUUGCCAAAACUGAUUUAGCUGUAGUCAGACAUAUCAAAACAAAACACUUUGAUUCCAAACAAGACGUAAACAAAAGUUCAACAAAAAGAAAGAGAAAGAUAAAAGAAAGUUUUUCUGAAACUGAGGGAGCACAGAAGAAAGUUAAGGAAUCAAAUCCUGAAAUAGGCCAUUCUUUUAUAGAAGGUUUGUCAAAAGUUGAUAAAGAAAAGGGCAAUGCUGAGAAUGAAAAUCUUGAUGUUGAAGAAGAAACAAAUAAUGGUAUGAAUGAUACUGAAUUUGAUCUCGGUGAAAACGACAAUGCAAAUUUUGGAGACUCUGACGACGACUAUGAACCAGAUUACAGUGGUAGUGAUUCUGAAGAAAGCUUGAAGGAAUCAAACAGUUGUAUGUUCUGUAACCAUUCCUUCACAUCAGAAAAGUCUCUUAAUACACAUAUCAGAAGGAAGCACAAAUCAAAGGUAAAAAAUGACAUUAGUGUUAAGAAAAAUAUCAUAAAAAGUGAAAAGAAAGAUAGACCUAAGAAAAAGACUUUAGAAGUUGAAGCUGAAGAAUCAAAGGAAGGUGAGAAAUUUGUAGCUAGAUAUAAGUGUCCUUUCUGUGAGCUCCGUCUACACCACUAUGAAUAUAUAAGGAGUCAUAUCUGUCAGUCACAUCCAGAAGUUACCAAUUUUAGGAUAAACACGAAAGAAAUGGUGAAAGAAAGUUUGUGUGAAGAAGACUGGGAAUUAUUUAAAUGUCCAAAUCCAAACUGUGAUUUUCUGUGUAAAAAGAAACAAGCAGUAAUAGAUCACAUUGCUGGUUGUGGAAAAGGAAAGUUCAAAAAGGAGAAAAUCAUGUGUACCUUGCCAAUGUCUUGGAUGGAUAAACUUGAAAUGUCAGUUAGUUUGAUCUGUCCAUAUUGUGAUAUAGUUCAACAAGGAAAAGUUAACUUUGAGAAUCAUUUGAAAGAGCAUUAUUCUGGUAAAACGUUUGAAGUUCAGCUCAACAACGCUUUGCCCACCUUGCAAUUAAAGAAAGAUAAGUGUCCUGAAUUAGAAUGCACUAUGUGUCCUUACUGUGAAAUUGUAACGACACAAAAGGCUCAGCUGAGUAAACACUUUAAACGUUUUCACUCAAAUGAAAUUGGUACUGAUACUGUGAUAACCUGUAUUCUGACAAACCAAAGUUCAGUUAAAGAAAAGGCAACAUUGAUAAUUAGAGAUACAAAACAAACUAACUUAAUUUGGAACAAAAUUGGAAACUCUGACACAGUCACAAAUAUGAAUGAUGAAAAAAUAACAGAGACUGAGAGAGAUGGGAUUAGUGAUGAGGAGCUUAAAAUGAGAUCAGAUGAAGCUGGGUUAGCGGAAUCAGUCAGUUCUGAUAAAGACUGUGAAAGUGCUUCACAGACAUUUCUCUUACAGAAUUCCCGUACCAAGGUUCCAGGUACAAACAGGGAAUAUGAUACUAAUAAAGAAAUAUCAGAAGAAAAAGAACAAGCUGAAACUGUAUAUAUUCAAUCACCUAUACCGGUUGGAAUGUACAUAUGUCCACUGUGUGAUAAUUUUAAGACUUGCGUAAAGAAAGAAAUUAAGUUACACAUGAAUGGACACAACAGUCAAACUGAUGAAGACGUAGAUUCUAUUUACACAAUCCCAGAUACCUGGAUCAAGAUGGAACAAGACAGCAAACAAUGCUUUAAAUGUCAGUUAUGUGACUUUGAGGAUGUAAAUUUAACAUUAGCAUUCCGGCAUGUCCUUGAUUGCCACAAGGAUAUUACAGUCAAGGAGCAAGAAUUGAGUGCUGAUAUUUCUGGACCUUUGUUUGAGAUAUUGAAUUUACAGAUUGAAGGUGUAAAAGAAAAGUAUGAGAGACAGAAAUACAAGUGUACAGCAUGUUCUCCUGGUCAUAUCUUCAAAACAAGGAAGGGUCUUCAGCUGCACAUGAAAACACGUCAUACCAACAGUGAAACACCUGCAGUAUAUGAGACGAUGUAUAAGAUGCUGGACCUUGUAUCGGAUUCUUGUGACACACGGCACAUAUAUCUUUGCUGCAUAUGCAAAGAAGGAUUACCAAGCAAGCUGGACCUGAUUAGCCACUUCAAUGCUGACCACUCAGAAAAAUAUGAUGAAAUGAUGCACAAACUAAACACUUUAUUUGGCGGAAGUGACGGAAGUAGUGCACAACCAAACUGUGAGGUUUGCUGCAAGCAGUUUACGGAUGAGAAGAGUCUGAAACACCACCUGAUUCUCCAUGUGAACAAACUAAAACCAACUUGCUAUCUCUGUGACUUGUGUUUCACCAAUAGUGCAGAGCUGGAAUGUCACAACAUGGAGGUCCAUUCCAAAUCUGGCGAGAUGUGUUAUAAAUGUGGGGCAAUGUUCUCCAACGUUGUAGAACUUAAUAGACAUGUCAAGUCACAUGAAGCAGGUGAAGCAAACUCAAUAAAGCAGCUGUGUCAGUAUUGCGGAACAUCUGUGAUUGGGAAAAAUAUGAAAAAGCAUCUUGUGGACAAACAUAUUGAACUUAUCUCAUGCGAAUGUGAUAUAUGUACCACCCAGGAAGCUCCUGAAUCAAAGAAAAGUGUCUCCUGUGAUCAGUGUAAUGCAGUUUUCUGUACAUGGUACGUUUUAAGGAAACAUAAAUAUGAUGAGCAUAACCUAGCAAAAGGCAUUGUGUACAAGUGUGGAAAUUGCAGUGAAACUUUCUCAAAUAAAAGAGAUCAAUCUGUCCACUCACACAAGUGUGGGCAACUUGUUACGCAGCCGCUGGCAGGAACUAAUUUUGAUGACAGCGAUUUAGCAGUAAAUGGAGGAAAUGUCACUGAAGUAACAGUAUCGGAAGAGGCAAACAUUGACUUUGAACAAGGAUUAGCGCGGGUUAAGCAAGAGUAUAUCUCUGUUGACAAAGGAGCUGAAAAAUCGUUCAGUUGUAAGUUAUGUGGGAAAGCGUUUUCUAAAAUGAUUUACAUUUGUAAUCAUUUAAGACGAAUGCAUACAAAAGAUGAAACUAAACGCUAUCGCUGUAAAGUUUGUAAAAUGGGAUUUGUUGGUAAGAAGGAGUUCGGAGUUCAUUGCCAUACUACCCAUAUAGGCCUGCGUCAACACCAGUGUAACAUAUGUCAGAAAAGGUACAAAACUGCAGCCCAUCUAAAAGAACAUAGUGAAAUACAUACCUCACAAACGUACACUUGUGGCUUCUGUGGAUUAGAAUUCAGGCAGCGUGGAGCAGUGUUAGCGCAUGUUGUACAUCAUGACAAAGUUAAGCCAUUUAAAUGUUUAUAUUGCGGGAAAGGGCACACAACACAUGGUGAUCUUCAAAGACAUAUGAAUUCUUACAAUAAAGGCUCAAAGAUUUCUGGAGCAAAGAAGCUCACUUUCUGUAACUAUUGUUCGAAAGAAUUUCCAAACCAUAAUGCCCUUGUAAAACAUUUUCAAAUUCAUAUUCCGAUAAACCCUUUCAAGUGUUCAGUUUGCCAUGAGAUGUUCUCAACGUUUCGUCAGAUGUACACUCAUAAAUCUAAGAAAAUGCAUUUUACAGAUGUUGAAAUAGAAGAGGGUAGAAAUGAUCUGCAGGCUCCAGGUAAUAGGUUUCGGAAAUAUCAGGUCUCCAAGUCUAAAUCUGAAAUGACUCGGAAAGGCAAUACCUUUGUAGAAGACGCUGUUCCUGAGAGUACACUUAGCAUUAUAAAUGAUGAGGAAAAUAUUAUUGAAAUUGAAAUAGGUAGUUCUGUUACAGAAAAUGAUGAAAAAACCAAAGCAGUCAUAGAGGAAUUCGAAAGAGAUGUUAUUAGAAGUAUGUUAGAUGCAGAUCCUGAAACUCUAAACUCUGUAGACUUUCAGGACAUGAAUGCUACUGUAGGGAAAGAAAAACAGUCACAGAAUUUCAGUGAUAACAGUUUAGUACAAGAUGGUUAUAACUUUGAAAUACAAGGGGACAAUAGUUACAUCCCUGAUGGAUUAACUAUGCAAGAUAUGUAUGUAUCGGUUAGACGUGAUGCUUAUGCAGACACUCAUCCGCAGUCACCGAACAAAACAACUGCUGACAACUCAGACAAAUUUGCUAGCAUGGUAGCAAAGAAUAUACAGCAGGGAGAAACUGUUCCUGGUAAAGCACAAACAUUCCAAGCCUCAGAUGGUUCUAUUAUACAUGUGUGUGUCAUAAAACCAGAUAAAUAAACCCAUAAGACAAAGAAUGGUGAUUUAGAAAAUACUUGUCAUAUCCUUUAUGUGAGCUAAUAGUCUUAUAUAGCCCUUACCCUGUUGAAUUUCAAUAAUGAGCUUGUCCAUCUUCCCAUUUCAAAGUAACUACGAUUAACUGUUUAAAGGGGUGCUUACCAACUAAAAAGAUACUGACUGAAUAGCGAACAGUGCAGAUCAUGAUCAGACUGCACAGAUGUGCAGGCUGAUAGUGAUCUACACUGUUCACAAAGGCGGAAUCAAUCAUGUCCAGCAUGGUAAGGGUUAAUUUUCAAAAUGUCUGUUAUGAAUUCAUGAUCAAAAAAACGAUUUUGAUGCUAUUUUCCAUUAUAAAUUUCAGCCAUUUGUGACAUCAAUUUUGCCGUUAUUUGUGAAUGGCUUGUUCUGAAACUUUCAAUGUAUUUUUGUUAGCAUAAAAGCAAUAUUUCAAUGCAAGCAUUUUGUAAAAUUCAGAUUUUGUUUGUGGUUUUGCCUGUUUUUUACAGUGGGGAAAAACAUUUUUGGUCAUAAAGUUAACAUUAUUAAAGGUACUUUAAAAAUUUGAAAAGUUUCAACUAUAAAUGUUGUAGACCUUUUAAAUGGUAUAUAAUUUAUAUCUAGAUCUUGCGGAAUAAAACUGCAAUUCUUGUUUAACAGACGUAUUUUAUCAGGCUGAAACAGAACAGUUAUUAUUAAUUUCAUAUUUUUGUGUCUUCAAAAAAAUGUUGUUUCACUUUAUAAAAAAAUGAUAUUCAGAAGUGUAUUAAAUCAAAAAAUGGUCAAAACAUACCUUAAACAAAAUAUACCCAAAAUAUAAUAGUCAAAAUGUGCCCAAAAAAAAGUCAAAUUUUUAUUGUAUUUUGACCUGCAAAAAUAGAAAAGGAACAAGGUUUUUCAAAUAAAAUCUUGGUAUAUUAUCUAUUAGUUUACCAUUUUCAGUAUUAAAAAUUCAGGCAUUCCACAUGAGUGCUGAUUUUUGUUCAAGUUGUGUAAAAAUUCUAUAUGUGCAAUCUUAAGAUUUUAGCUUGUUAAGUAGGAUUCUGUUUUGAUCUAUAAAGUUAUACCAAUGAAUUGAAACUAGAAAAUAUUAAUAAGUACUAAACAGGAUACAUAGAUACAAUGUAUUAAAUAUUUUUAAAAUGGGUACAUUGUGACAUUUUUGGGGAAACAUUUUGACUUUACAUGUGGAUAUUUUUAUACGCCCGAAGGGACAUAUUAUGCUAUACCCCCGGUGUCCGUCUGUCCGUUAAUUAGCAAUUUCGUGUCCGCUCUGUAACUCUUGAACCCCUUGAAGGAUUUCAAAGAAACUUGACACAAAUGUUCACCACACCAAGACGACGUGCCGAGCGCAUGUUUUGGAUGUCUUGCUUCAAGAUCAAGGUCAAGGUCACACUAAGGGGUCAAAGGUCAUAUGAGUUUGUUUCGUGUCCAUUCUGUAACUCUUGAACUGCUUGAAGGAUUUCAAAGAAACUUGGCACAAAUGUUCACCACACCAAGACGGCAUGCAGAGCGCAUGUUUUGGUGACUCGCUUCAAUGUCAAGGUCACACUAAGGGGUCAAAUGUUAUAUAUGACUGCUUUGUGUAUAUUGCUCUGCAUUGCAAUGCUCUUUUUUUUUUUUUUUUUGGCAAAUCCCUUUCUUGUUCACUUACAAUAUAAAAAAUUUGAAUUAUCUCCCUUUUAUGUUACUAUCAAUAGAUUAUUUUGAAAUUUUUUAUUAUUGGCCAUAGGGGAAAACUGAGACCACUUUCCUGUUGUACAACAUGGAUGGUACCUCCAAUUUUUAGGUGUAUUUUGACAUAUCUGUACCUGGUAAAGAUUUUUUGUGAACUUGCAAUAUUGUUUUUUGGAGUUUCUGCGCUUUGUUGUUCCUGUCCUUCGAGCUUCCACAGUCAAGUUCUUUAAAUUUUGCUGCCACCCUCUGAUGUAACCCUUCAGGCAUAUAUUGCCCCACUUGGUGGAGCUCUUGUUUGGUUUGGGUACAUUUUGACCUGCACUGAUUAAGGCUACUAGCCCACAGAUUGGAUGAAAUUUUUCAACAUGUUCAUUUCCACCAAAUUUGUCAUAGAAUGUAUAUGUGACACUGAAAAAUGACGAUGAGAGUGAAAAUAAGAGUUAGAUAUUUGUAAAAAUGCAAGAAGAAUGUAAAAUUUCUGCAUAAUUUUAAAAGGGAUGCAAAGAUUUACUACCUUCAGCACAAUAUUUUUGGUUAUUUAAAAGGAUAUCUAGCAAAAAUAGUAUGUCAAUAUGUUUGUAUCACUAGUCACUUUUAGAAUACUCACUUUUUAUGGAUUUUGAGAGAAAAAAUGUUGGCCUAAAAUGUGUUGGUGAGUCCCUUUAAAUCCAGUUGGAAAAUGAUUCUGUCUACCAAAGGAUUGUUUAUGAAAAUAACAACAUUGUAUUGAUUUCUUUCAAGUGUUUUUAUUUACAGCUGAGCCUGCCUGUACCACCAGUUUACGUAGGCAGCCACUUGCCAAAAACAGCCAGUCAGCUAACUUCUUAAAUUGACUUUUUGUUCUAAUUUUAACUUAGUUCCAUAAGGCUUUAAAUUUGAGCAGCGCCAUGAGAAAACCAACAUAGUGGCUUUGCGACCAGCAUGGAUCCAGACCAGCCUGCGCAUCCGCGCAGACUGGUCAGGAGCCAUGCUGUUCGCUAAAAGUUUUUUUAAUUGCAAUAGGCUUUGAAAGCGACGGAUGUGCAGGCUGAUCUUGGUCUGCACUGGUCGCAAAGGCAAAAGCAAUUGCUACCAGCAGGCUAAAGGUUAAGACUUAGAAGGUAAAAAGGUAAAGGCCCUUCUCAGAUGAGAGGGUCUCUGUGGUCGAGUGGUUAAGGUUUCUAAUUUUAAAUCAUUUUCCCCUCACCAGUGUGGGUUUAAAACCGAGCCUAAGUGUGCAGAAUUCUUUCAUGUUAGGAAGUCAUCCAGCUGGCUAGCGGGAUAUCAGUGGUUGUAACCCAGGUGCCUAUUCUUGCCUGAAAUAAUACUUGCAGGGGUUUUCCCAAGCCAUUAAAAGCUAGAAAGUCACCGUGUGACUAAAACUUUGUCAGUGGGUCAGAUCAGGGGAAAAAAAUCUACUGGAGGUUUAAUUUCCUACCUUAUCUACAUGCAAUUUAAUCAGAAUGUUUGUCUUGAAGUAAUCUAGGUCAGUUUCAAAAUUGGAUCACCUGUUAAGAAACUAGGUCACUAGUUUAGUUUCUAGAAAACUUUUAACACUUGAGGCUGCAUUUUGUACCUGAUUUACUUAGAGUAUAGAAUCUUUUUCUUGAAGUCCAAGUCAGAUAUUGGGUUAAUUUCUGUUUGAUUUGCCUGAAACCUAGUGAGCAUGUAUGUCCUGAUAGAAUCUAGGUCAAGAUUGAAACUUUGUCACCUGGAAUAAGGUCACCUGGUAAAAUUAUGUAAAAAAUUGUUUACAAUCCAGAGGGUUGAAUUUUGUACUGGAGUUGAUGAAACCUGUUAUCUGUUGAAUAUGAUUAUUUAUUUUGUUGAGGUUUUAUAGGGUCAAAACUUACAUUUUGGUCAAAAUGUUUUUCUAGAUGAAAUUUAGGUUAUGUAGUAGAUCUAACAUACUAUAUUUUGUGGAAAUAAAAAGCAGCUCACAAGGUCAAAUUAUGGUAAAAUCUUGUUUACACUCCAGGAACUCCCUGAUCAUCAUGAAACCUAGUUUGGAUGUUUAUCAUUAUGGUAUCUAUAACAGGUGCAAAAGUGGACCAUCUUGUUUACUCAGCUGAGCAACACAGGGCCAUCAUUUCCCUGUUGUUUGUGAGUAGAAGUAACUAUUAUAUUGAUGUAUAUAAUGUUGAUUUUAUAGCAUGUUAAAUUUCAUUUUGUUAAGGUUUAUGAAAAUAAAUGUUUAAGUAAAAA